AUGGAAUCUAGAAUAUCUAAACUGGAAGAGAGCGUGCUUCAGCUGGGGGCUAAUAAUCAGCAUAGCUGUGAAGUAAACGGUGAAGUAGAACUAUUGAAGAGACGCCUGAAUCAGUCUGAGCAGCAAUGCCUCAUGAAUGAUGUGGAGAUCGCGGGAGGUUUCGAGGCGAACGGCGAAAAUACUGAGCACGUCGCGAUUUCAUUGGCUCAAAUAUUAGAAUUAUUUGAACGUCUCGUGUAUAAAAAAAGAAUUGCUUAUGUGAAAGACCUGGUCACUAGGAAGGUGGACAUACUAGCCGUAAAGGAGACGUGGCUUCGGGAGGGAGAGACGGGACGCGCUCCUCAGGUGACGGGUUACAGGCUUCGACAUAUUCCCCGCCCACCGUCGGUUCGCACUCGCGGUGGAGGCGUAG